GAAAGCAAGCCUCCUUUGCCUCCGAUCAGGCGUUUUCUGUCUCUUGGCUAAGCUGGCUGUUCUGCAGCAUAAUUUUUAGGGUUUGUUGUUUUUUCUGCAUGCCCUGAGUCUUGUUCUUUUGAUUGGGUCAGGACGUGACGGGACCCUCUUAAUCACGCGCGCACACAGAGCGGCUCCGGGCAAGCAUCCGCAGCGUGAUGCAGAAGUAUUUGGAGGAGAGGGGGGAGCUGACCUUUAACAAGGUUUUCAACCAGAAGAUUGGGUUCCUGCUGUUCAGGGACUUCUGCCAGACGGACGUCGAGGAAGGAGUUCCGCAGCUGAAGUUUUACGAAGAGAUCAAAGAAUACGAGAAACUUGACUCCGAGGAGGACCGUCUCAUCAGGAGCCGGCAAAUCUACGACACCUACAUUAUGAAGGAGCUGCUGUCUUGCUCGCACCCGUUUUCAAAACAAACCGUCAGCCACGUGCAGUCCCGCCUCGCCAAGAAGCAGGUCCCGCCAACCCUUUUCCAGCCCUACAUAGAAGAAAUCUGUGACAGCUUGCGGGGAACCAUCUUCCAUAUGUUUCUGGAAAGUGAUAAGUUUACAAGAUUUUGCCAGUGGAAAAAUGUAGAGCUGAACAUUCACCUGACCAUGAAUGACUUCAGCGUCCAUCGGAUCAUCGGGAGAGGGGGCUUCGGAGAGGUCUACGGCUGCCGUAAAGCAGACACGGGGAAAAUGUACGCGAUGAAGUGUUUGGAUAAGAAGAGGAUCAAGAUGAAACAAGGGGAAACGCUGGCCUUGAAUGAGCGGAUCAUGCUCUCCCUUGUCAGCACCGGGGACUGUCCUUUCAUUGUGUGCAUGACGUACGCCUUCCACACGCCUGACAAGCUGUGCUUCAUUCUGGACUUGAUGAACGGUGGAGACCUGCACUACCACCUCUCGCAGCACGGAGUGUUUUCGGAGAAGGAGAUGCGCUUCUAUGCGACCGAGAUCGUCCUUGGGCUGGAGCACAUGCACAGCCGCUCUGUGGUCUACAGAGACUUGAAGCCGGCAAAUAUUCUUUUGGACGAACAUGGCCAUGUGAGGAUAUCUGACCUGGGUCUGGCUUGUGACUUCUCCAAAAAGAAGCCCCACGCCAGCGUCGGAACUCACGGCUACAUGGCUCCAGAGGUGCUGCAGAAGGGGACAGCGUACGACAGCACGGCCGACUGGUUCUCCCUGGGAUGCAUGCUCUUCAAGCUCCUCCGAGGGCACAGCCCUUUCAGGCAGCACAAAACCAAAGACAAGCAUGAGAUUGACCGCAUGACGCUCACCGUGAACGUGGAACUGCCGGAUUCCUUUUCCCCCGAACUCAAGGCCCUCUUGGAAGGGUUUCUCCAGCGAGACGUUACCAAGAGGCUCGGCUGCCAAGGUGGUGGUGCCCAGGAAGUCAAAGCGCACCCUUUCUUCCAAGGGAUCGACUGGCAGCAUGUUUACCUGCAAAAGUAUUCCCCCCCACUGAUUCCCCCGAGGGGAGAAGUGAAUGCAGCAGACGCUUUUGACAUCGGCUCCUUCGAUGAAGAAGACACAAAGGGCAUUAAGCUGCUGGAUAGCGACCAGGAGCUGUACAAGAACUUUCCCCUGGUGAUCUCCGAGCGUUGGCAGCAGGAAGUGGCCGAAACGGUGUACGAGGCGGUGAAUGCCGACACAGACAAAGCGGAGAUGCGGAAGCGAGCGAAGAACAAGCAGCUGGGUCAUGAGGAAGACUACGCCCUCGGGAAAGACUGCAUCGUGCAUGGCUACAUGCUGAAGCUGGGCAACCCCUUCCUGACGCAGUGGCAGAGGCGCUACUUUUACCUCUUCCCAAACCGGCUGGAGUGGCGAGGAGAAGGGGAGUCCCGGCAAAACCUGCUGACGAUGGAGCAGAUACUCUCCGUGGAGGAGACGCAGAUCAAGGACAAAACGUGCGUCUUGCUCAGAAUCAAAGGAGGGAAGCAGUUUGUCCUGCAGUGUGAGAGCGACCCCGAGUUUGUGCAGUGGAAGAAGGAGCUGACGGAAGCGUUCAUGGAGGCACAGAAGCUGCUGCGAAGGGCCCCCAAGUUCCUGAAUAAAUCAUGCUCCACGGGGAUGGAGGUCACCAAGCCCCCUCUGAGCCACAGGAACAGCAACGGCCUGUAACGGCUUGCGGGAGGGACACUGGCCGGCGGGCCUGGUCGUCCUGUUGCCCGGCUGUCCUCCCUUCGGCUGCCCCAGAGGGGGUCUUGUAGAGGGCAGAGCCCGGGGCAGGGAGGAGCCAAGGGCCACUUGCCCCGCCGGGCGAGGUGACCCGGAGGGAGAUGCCACAGCGCAGCCCGGAGGAGCCCAGCUGCCUGGGCCCUGGCAUCUGAGAUGGCGACCGCCUGCUGGGUUUUUGGGCCCAGGGCAGAGAUGGCGCUCUGGACCUUUGGGGCACAGCGAUUCUUCCCUGGCUGCGCCUGCCUGCCACAUCUGGACAUCUGGCCUCACCGGGGCGUUCUCUUCACACCCUCUGACCAGCUGAACCUGAAGUGUUUUGUGUGGCUUCCAGUUUUGUGCUGCUGCUGCUGCUGCUGCUGCUGCUGCUGCUGCUGCUUUUAGGCAAAAGUGACCGGGCUCUCAUUUCGUCCCCCUCACCAGCUGCCCUGCCUGUCCUGCCAGCGGGUCCUGCUCCUUUGACCUGGGGCUGGGCUGGGCAAGCAGAAGCCCGGCUGGGGAGAAAUGGGGGAUGGUGCACUUGGGUGUGUGUGUGUAUGUGUGUGUGUGUCUGUCUCCUCUUCACCCACGAGGGAGGGUGCCGCAGGAGAGGCACACGAUGAACACUGUCAUGACCUUUCUCCAUCCCGAUUUAGUGGCACUUUAGAAAAACGUUUUAAACCCAGCAGUCAGACGUGGGGCGCGUGAAGGCGAGAGGCAGCUUGCAGGCGUCCGGCUGACCUGGCUCAACUCUUCUGCAGUUUCAGGAUAGGGCCUGCAGUUUGGCCAUGGGAGCCUGGGCCUGCCGGGGAUCUUGGCUGCGCGUGGGCCCUGGGGAAGCCAUCGUUCUCCCUUUGGGAGAUGAUCUUGGAACCCCCUUCAACAGGGUGGGUUUGGCAGCUGUGAGUCGGCGCCACUCCUCGCCAGCCCUGAAACGUGGCUCUUGUUCCGUGGCAGCUUCUGUGGUCUGAAAGUUUGAAGAAAGCCCCCAAGAGCCCCCCCAGCUCCGGAACUGGAAGGCGGUUUGAGUGCGAAUCGGCUGGUGUGCGGGCACCGUGCCAGCUCUCCCUCCCCUUCUCCUCCUGUGCCAUUUUUGCUUGGGUUUAGUGAGCUGCCCUUGAGAAGUUCUCAGAGCCCUGUUGAUGGCGGGCGGCAUCUGAAACGCUC